GGUGUCAGGCGUAUCUCUCUCCCUUCCCCCUCGUGAUCUCUCGCCACGGGAGCCCCGUGACUUGAGCUCGUCAUCCACGUCAAUGGCGAUGGCCGCGGCCGCUUCCCCCUCCAAGAUCCUGAUCCCUCCGCACCGAGCCUCCGCCGCGACCGCUGCCGCGUCCACCUCCUGCGACUCCCUCCGCCUCCUCUGCGCGCCGCGAGGACGGCGCCAGCGCCCGCGCGUGUUGGUCGCGCGUCCGGCUCCGCGGCGGCCCUUCUUCUUCUCCUCACGUGCCGUGUCAGACUCCAAGAGCUCCCAGACCUGUCUCGACCCCGACGCAAGCACGAGUGUUCUCGGAAUUAUUCUUGGAGGUGGUGCAGGGACUAGAUUGUAUCCCCUGACGAAGAAGCGUGCGAAGCCUGCAGUGCCACUGGGUGCCAACUACAGGCUUAUUGAUAUUCCUGUCAGUAAUUGUCUGAACAGCAACAUAUCAAAGAUCUAUGUGCUCACGCAGUUCAACUCAGCUUCUCUUAAUCGUCAUCUCUCACGAGCCUAUGGGAGCAACAUUGGAGGUUACAAGAAUGAAGGAUUUGUUGAAGUCCUUGCUGCACAGCAGAGCCCAGAUAACCCUGACUGGUUUCAGGGUACUGCAGAUGCUGUAAGGCAGUACUUGUGGCUAUUCGAGGAGCAUAAUGUUAUGGAGUAUCUAAUUCUUGCCGGAGAUCACCUGUACCGAAUGGACUAUGAAAAGUUUAUUCAGGCACACAGAGAAACAGAUGCUGAUAUUACUGUUGCUGCCUUGCCCAUGGAUGAGGAACGUGCAACUGCAUUUGGCCUUAUGAAAAUCGAUGAAGAAGGGAGGAUAAUUGAAUUCGCAGAGAAACCAAAAGGAGAACAGUUGAAAGCUAUGAUGGUUGAUACGACCAUACUUGGCCUUGACGAUGCGAGGGCAAAGGAAAUGCCUUAUAUUGCUAGCAUGGGUAUCUAUGUUAUUAGCAAACAUGUGAUGCUUCAGCUUCUCCGUGAGCAAUUUCCUGGAGCUAAUGACUUUGGAAGUGAGGUUAUUCCUGGUGCAACUAGCACUGGCAUGAGGGUACAAGCAUACCUAUACGAUGGUUACUGGGAAGAUAUUGGUACAAUUGAGGCAUUCUAUAAUGCAAAUUUGGGAAUUACCAAAAAGCCAAUACCCGAUUUCAGUUUCUAUGACCGUUCUGCUCCCAUUUACACACAACCUCGACACUUGCCUCCUUCAAAGGUUCUUGAUGCUGAUGUGACAGACAGUGUUAUUGGUGAAGGAUGUGUUAUUAAAAACUGCAAGAUACACCAUUCAGUAGUUGGACUCCGGUCCUGCAUAUCUGAAGGGGCAAUAAUAGAGGACACAUUGCUAAUGGGUGCGGACUACUAUGAGACUGAAGCUGAUAAGAAACUCCUUGCUGAAAAAGGUGGCAUUCCCAUUGGUAUUGGAAAGAAUUCACACAUCAAAAGAGCAAUAAUUGACAAGAAUGCUCGUAUUGGAGAUAACGUGAUGAUAAUCAAUGUUGACAAUGUUCAAGAAGCGGCAAGGGAGACAGAUGGAUAUUUCAUCAAAAGUGGCAUUGUAACUGUGAUCAAGGAUGCUUUACUCCCUAGUGGAACAGUCAUAUGAAGCAGGUGUGAAAUGUGUGCCAAGGGACAGAGCUACUUGCAUCAGUCUGGAAUCAACCAACGAGGCCGCGAAGAGAUCAUAAGAGCAAUAAAAAAGGAGUGCCAUGCAAGGCACUUCUCCACCCUUUUUCUCCCUUGAUGUAUUAGGAACUGUGAUGUACAAGCAACUGUGAUGCACUUAGGCGAAGUGCCCCUGGAUUCAGCUUUCUCUUUGCUUGUAGUCGAUUUCCAGCAGACCAUGCUAUUUGGUGUAUGGUUCAUGUAAAACCUUGCGUUGCUUUAUCUAUAUCUAUAUCUAUACCAAUAUAAAAAGACCCAAAGGGGCAGAUCUAAUUGA